CAAUUAAUGAAUGGCGGGAUUGGGAAAAAAGAAAGGCGCGCGGGAGGGAAAAAAAAGGACAGAAGGGCGGCACCGUUUGGGUAUAAAAGGGGGAUCGAAUACUACUCCUACUCGCCUCUCUCUCUCUCUCUCUCUCUCUCUCUCUCUCUCUCUUCUCUUCUCUUAUGAAGUUGCAGAGAACGAUGACUUCUCAUAACCAACACUGACUUAUUUUUCGAUCGGAGCCUCAAGCAGCACAACUGGGUUACUUUCUAAUCGCUCUAGUCUGAGAUUUUAGGUACGGUGAUACGCAAAGAUGUCUACUAGAGGUGGAGGACGAGGAGGACGAGGAGGUCGUGGAAUGACAGGUCAUGGAAUCACUGCUCAUGGUGUGACUACAAGAUCAGUGCUUACUCCUGCUGUGCAAUUUUCGCCAAAUAAUGGUGCGACUACAAGAUCAGCGAUUACACCUGUUGUGCAAUCUAUGCCAAAUAAUGAUCCAGAGCAAAACUCAUCUGCCGCUCUACACAUAUCUGAGUCUGAGCAACCAAAUGAAUCCUUGACACUUGGUACACCUAUAACUAAGCAAGUACGUGGGAGAACUAAAGGUUUAGCGCUAGCUAAAAUUCGAAGGCGUGGAGAGAAGGUUAAGUUGGGAUUUUCUAGAAUGCUAGGACAACCAACGAGUGACAACGAGGAUGACUUGACUAGGUACACCACAGAGUUAGGUAUUAUUGUUCGGCAAUUCGCUCCUCUACAGGCCAAAAGCUGGAAGGUGGUGCCCCAAGAUGCAAAGGAAAUGUGUAUUGCACACAUUCGUGAAAAAUUUGAUCUUCCUGAAGCAACUUAUGUAGACAAAGCUAUACUGCAAAGUAUGGGUAAGCGAUAUUGUGAUAGCCGAUCCCGCCUCAAGAAGAAGUUCAACAAAGGAGCUGUCGAUUGCCCUGCACACAUAGAGGGGGCAGAUUGGGGAUAUUUGUCUAACUUAUGGCAAGACAAAGUCUAUCAGGAAAAAUGUGACAAGUACAAGGAUAGUCGAUAUAAGCCUAGGAAUCACCAUGUUGCUGGAUCAAAGGCUUUCUACAAGGUCAAAAAUCAUUUGAGAGAGAAAAACAAUGGCGUGAAUCCUGACCUUCCUGAGACUUGGAAGAAGACUCAUUACAACGAAAAGAGAAAAUGUUGGACAGAUGGUUCAGAAACUGUAUAUAAAAAAUUAAAAGAUGUUCAAGAUCAAGCGAUGGCAAAUGGAUCUAUUCCUUUGACAGAUGAGGAGCUCUCAUGUACAGUUUUUGGACCUAAACCAGGAUACAUACGUGGUUUCGGACAUGGUCCCAAGCCUAGCUUAACAAAAUCUGGCCAAACUUCUCGGGCACAACUUAUAAGAGAUGCUGAAGAGGCUAGAGAAGAAACUACAGCAGCGCAGAAGAAGUGUGAGGAGGCUCUAGUUAAAGCAACACAAGCUCGUAAAAAUACAGAUCAACUAGCAGAAACCAUAGCUAAUAUGCAAUCCCAAUUAAAUUUCUUGUUACAGCAAAAUGAUCGCAACAUGCCUUCCAAUGAUGCUAAUUGCUCAAUAAACGAUGGUGAUCGUUUGGUGGAUGAAGAUGCAAUGGAUUACUAGAUGGGAAACCAAUGAUAUCUUUUGGUCGAUGAAGAUGCAAUGGAGUACUAGAUGGGAAACCAAUGAUGUUAUCUUUUGGUGGAUGAAGAUGCAAUGAAGUGUCAGAUGGGAAACCAAUGAUGUUUGGAGGACAAAGCCGCUUCUUGCCUUUUGUUUUUUGGGACAUCUAGAUGGAAGAAGGAUAUUGGAAGGAUGCAAUUAGUUUUUGGUACUUAACAGUACAUAAUAUAGUACUUCAUUGUGGUUUUUGUAAAGAUACUCGAUACAUGAUAUUAUCUUUUGGGAAUUGAGGUACCAAGUUAUGAGAUUUGUGAAAUUGUUUUAAUGUUCAUGCUAUUAACUUUGA